GUGGUCACGCCCAAGCAAGAUUAACAAAUCAUCAUAGCCCAUCGCUCCAUUUUCCCCUUCCUCCGCGCUCGUGCGUGGCCACACCCCCAUAGGUCCAUAUCCUCCCGGCUCCUAGCUCCUCGACCGCUUCUUGACCCGAGUAUACCUCUCUCUUCUUCCUCCCUCGGCCGUCGCUCCGCUCUACAGUUGCACGCCCGUCUCCCCAUAUCUCGCAAGCCUGUGGCACAUAGCUUGAGUAACUGCAUCUCUAUCUCGAGCGUUGAUCCAUGGGGAGGCUGUGCAGAGUGGUGGCUGGGUUUCUUCUGCUCAUCAUUUUCUUCAGUUCCAGUACUCCUGGCACCUGCGGCUCCGAUGCUCAGCAAGGAAGGGCGAACCACCGGGAAGAAGAUGCACCCUCCGUCGCUCGGUUAAUCCAAGCGGCAAGCAUCCGUGAAGCACCGCGACAACAGGGCAGGUACAGCUCCAAGGAGUCGACGACGACGUUCCCGCAAUGGCCGCCGUGGCCAUGGGCGACGCCGGCGCCUCCGACGACGAGCUCUCCAUCGUUGGAGGACGCUGGCUCCCCGUCAAACGCUCCCGCGCCGUCGCCAGCGGUCGCCAAGCCUCUCGCGGCGCCUCGGCACGCCGCACGCGGCAUCGCGCUGCCUCCGGAGCCGGCGACGGUGGUCACCCACGGCGCCGCUGCGGUCGGUGAAGCGUCUCAAGCACCGGGGCAUGCUCGCCGCAUGUAUGUCAUCGUGGGAGCAGGAGCUUCCGUCCUCGCGGUCAUGUCGGUUGCGCUGUUCGUCCUGUGCUACCGGUCCAGCAAGGUGGUCACCGUCAGGCCAUGGGCGACCGGCCUCAGCGGGCAGCUGCAGAGGGCGUUCGUGACAGGCGUGCCGUCGCUGAAGAGGUCGGAGCUGGAGGCCGCCUGCGAAGAUUUCAGCAACGUCAUCGGCUCCCUGUCGGAGUACAUGAUGUACAAGGGGACGCUGUCGAGCGGCGUCGAGAUCGCGGUGGUGUCGACCACCAAGAGCUCCGCCAAGGAGUGGUCCAAGCACUGCGAGACACGGUUCAGGAAAAAGAUAACAAGCCUGUCCAGAGUAAACCACAAGAACUUCGUCAACCUGCUCGGCUACUGCCAGGAAGAGCAGCCAUUCACAAGGAUGAUGGUGUUCGAGUAUGCUCCGAACGGCACGCUCUACGAGCAUCUCCAUGUGAGGGAAGACGGUCACCUGGACUGGCCGACGCGGCUGCGAGUGGCGGUGGGGAUCGCCUACUGCCUGGAGCACAUGCACCAGCUGAGCCCGCCGGAGAUCCUCGGGACGCUCGACACGUCCACCGUCUACCUCACCGACGAUUUCGCGGCCAAGAUCGCCGACGUCUUCUUCUGCUCCGACGAGGCCUCGUCGACUACCAAGGAGAUGGAGAGCCUGCAGUCCCCGCCCAUGUCCAACAAGGAGAGUGUGGUGUACAGCUACGGCAUGGUGCUGCUGGAGAUCAUGUCCGGCAGGUUCACGGCGUCGGACGGCGGCUUGCUCGAGGGCUGGGCGGCGAGCUUCCUCAGAGGGGAGAGGCAGCUGAGGGACGUGAUGGACCCAGGCCUAAGCAGGAACGCGCCGCUCCAGGCCGAGACCGUGAGCAGGCUGGACAGCGUCAUACGGUCCUGCACUGACCGGGAGGCGAGGCGGCGGCCGACGAUGACAGAGGUCGCGAGGCGGCUGAGGGAGAUCACCGCCAUGCCACCGGACGCGGCCACCCCCAAGGUGUCGCCGCUGUGGUGGGCCGAGCUGGAGAUCAUCUCCACAGAGGCAGCCUGAAAAGUUUGGAGAGCGUUCAGCUGCAUUGCUGCUUGUUUGACAGAAGUGUUCGUUAUCCAUAUGUAUAUACCAACAGGUUGAAACAUUGCGUGCUUGGUGUGGCAGAGUGCUGCUUGUUGCAAUGAUGACAAAAUAAAUCUCCAGAUUUUGUAA